UGUAAAUGAAUUUCUUUUUUCCCCCUUACAGCAUGUAUUUGAUGAUCUCAGUGGCUCAGUAUCCUUGUCUUGGGUUGGAGAUAGCACUGGGAUCAUUCUGGUCUUGACUACCUUCCAUGUACCACUGGUAAUUAUGACUUUCGGACAGUCCAAGCUAUAUCGAAGUGAGGACUAUGGAAAGAACUUUAAGGAUAUUACAAAUCUCAUCAAUAACACCUUCAUUCGGACUGAAUUUGGCAUGGCUAUUGGUCCUGAGAACUCUGGAAAGGUGAUUUUAACAGCAGAGGUAUCUGGAGGAAGUCCCGGAGGAAGAAUCUUCAGAUCGUCAGAUUUUGCAAAGAAUUUUGUUCAGACCAAUCUCCCAUUUCAUCCUCUGACUCAGAUGAUGUAUAGCCCUCAGAAUUCCAAUUAUCUUUUAGCCCUCAGCACUGAAAAUGGCCUGUGGGUGUCCAAGAAUUUUGGGGGAAAAUGGGAAGAAAUCCACAAAGCAGUAUGUUUGGCCAAAUGGGGAUCAGAAAACACCAUCUUCUUCACUACCCACGUGAAUGGCUCCUGCACUGACCUUGGGGCACUGGAAUUAUGGAGGACUUCAGAUUUGGGAAAAAGCUUCAAAACCAUUGGUGUGAAAAUCUACUCAUUUGGUCUUGGGGGACGUUUCCUUUUUGCCUCUGUGAUGGCUGACAAGGAUACAACAAGAAGGAUCCAUGUGUCAACUGAUCAAGGGGACACGUGGAGUAUGGCCCAGCUGCCCUCUGUGGGGCAGGAGCAGUUCUACUCUAUUCUAGCAGCCAGUGAUGACAUGGUGUUCAUGCACGUAGACGAGCCUGGAGAUACUGGGUUUGGCACCAUCUUUACCUCUGACGAUCGAGGCAUUGUCUAUUCCAAGUCCUUGGACCGACAUCUCUACACCACCACAGGUGGUGAGACGGACUUCACCAACGUGACCUCCCUCCGUGGGGUCUACAUAACAAGUGUGCUCUCUGAAGAUAAUUCUAUCCAGACUAUGAUCACUUUUGACCAAGGAGGAAGGUGGAAGCACCUGAGGAAGCCUGAGGACAGUGAAUGUGAUGCUACAGCAAAAAACAAGAAUGAGGUUUGUCUGACUCCACUGUCACAUGUAUUUGGAGCAGAGCAGGCACUCUGUUCUGCUCCUGUUGCGCCAGUUCUCCUGUCUGUUUCGUUGCUGCUCUGUGCUGAGGAGACGAUGGAUUGUGUUGCAGGCAGCGUGGGAGAUGCCAUCUCAGUCAUGGUCCCGGACGUGUACAUCUCAGACGAUGGGGGUUACUCCUGGGCGAAGAUGCUGGAAGGACCCCACUUCUACACCAUCCUGGAUUCCGGAGGCAUCAUCGUGGCCAUUGAGCACAGCAGCCGUCCUAUCAAUGUGAUUAAGUUCUCCACAGACGAAGGUCAGUGCUGGCAAACCUAUACGUUCACCAGGGAGCCCAUCUACUUUACCGGCCUGGCUUCGGAACCUGGAGCAAGGUCCAUGAAUAUCAGCAUCUGGGGUUUCACUGAAACUUUCCUGACACGUCAGUGGGUCUCCUACACCAUCGAUUUUAAAGAUGUCCUUAAAAGGAACUGUGAAGAGAACGACUAUAUGAUAUGGCUGGCUCACUCCACAGACCCUGGAGAUUAUGGAGAUGGCUGCAUUUUAGGCUAUAAAGAACAGUUCCUUCGGCUACGCAAGUCAUCUGUCUGUCAGAAUGGCCGGGACUAUGCGGUGACCAAGCAGCCGUCCGUCUGUCUCUGCUCCCUGGAGGACUUCCUCUGUGAUUUUGGCUACUUCCGUCCAGAAAAUGACUCCAAGUGUGUGGAACAGCCAGAGCUGAAGGGCCACGACCUAGAGUUUUGUCUGUAUGGCAGAGAGGAGCACCUGACCACAAAUGGAUACCGGAAAAUUCCAGGAGACAAAUGCCAAGGUGGAGUGAAUCCAGUUCGAGAGGUCAAAGACUUGAAAAAGAAAUGCACAAGCAACUUUCUGAGUCCAGAAAAGCAGAAUUCCAAGUCAAAUUCUGUUCCAAUUAUCCUGGCCACCGUGGGAUUGAUGCUAGUCACAGUUGUAGCAGGAGUGCUCAUUGUGAAGAAAUACGUCUGUGGGGGAAGGUUCCUGGUGCAUCGGUACUCCGUGCUGCAGCAGCAUGCAGAGGCUAAUGGUGUGGACGGUGUGGAUGCUUUGGACACAGCCUCCCACACCAAUAAAAGUGGUUAUCAUGAUGACUCAGAUGAGGACCUCCUGGAAUAGCUCACUUCAAAGGAGCUGGGACCGCACUUGGAUGAUGGAAACACAGUACCUCUUACACUCCCUGUGGCUCCGACUUGGGGAAAUAAAUCUCCCAUUGCGAGGGAUCCAGCUCUGUUCCUGCUGCUUCCGUCAGAGCCAGAAGGACCUCUACUGAAGACAUGCAGGGGGCGGUGGGGGCAAAACCCUAAACACUCACAAUUGGCUCUGAGAAGAGGGGGAGACAUUUUUAAAUCUUUAACCUCUGAUUUCAAGUUGUCUUUUUGCAAAGUAUGGGCUCUUUGGGGUUUGUUUUUGUUUUUUACGGGAAAUGAAAUGGAAUUUGAAGGGAACAUUUCACUAACUGUACUCCUGCAUGUUUUGCAUGGCGCCUGCCCCAGGGCACCUGCCAACUCCAGCAUCAACCCUCACAAGUAGCCGGUGCGGUCCCUAGGCUCUGCUGGUGACACAAAGCAGCUGCAGAGAUGAAGACGGAGGCGCUGGUGACUGGCAUGACUGGGCAGCCUUUCUGCCUCUGGGGACAGCCCUCCUCCGAGAACGCUGCCACCAGAUCCUCCCUUUUUAUUUUUUCCAGGGACCAUAGAUCAGUGAUUUUUCUUUUUCCUGCUUAAUUAGGCAAUACCCUUGUUAAUUGCCCUUUGGUGACUAACUUAACCAUGUGCUUCCAAGACACUAAAUCAGGAGAACUUAAAGGGCAAUAUUUUUAACUAGGGGCAGGAAGAAGGGCGCAGCAGGGAACUGACUAGAUAGAGCACUAUGAAAGGAGAAAUCCUUCCUUCCUCUGAGAUCUUUCAAGCCAUGCUGUGUGUGCCUGCAGACCUGCUCAAGGACAGGGCGCAGGGCUUGCCCGGGGUGUCUGCUCAGGCAGUGCAGCGCCUGAGGACGGAACAUGGGCUUCCUCGUGCCCUGCUGCCUGCUGUGUUGGCUCAGUGGUGAAUCAUUCAGUUGGCUGCUUAUAUGUUUCCUCUUAGGUGGCUUGUACGUGGAGCCAGGACUAGACAUGUUUUCAGAUUUAUAGGCUUUAUUUUUUAAAUCAGAAUUUUAUUGCCAGCUCUCUUCCUUGCCCCUUCUCCCCAGAUUUGCCAAGUAAUUUAUUGGCAUGAACCUUUUGGCUGAACCAACUGAAAACGCUUCCAGUGUAAGAUGAGGUUUUGUGUGAUACAUUAAGUUCAUAUUUUAAAUUUAAGGGAGUUUUCCAUUUGACAUUUAUUUCAAAUUCAGUCAAUUAUAGAAUGUAGUGAGGUGGAUUUUUGGGUGGCCAUCUAGUCAUGGAAAGCUGCAAUAAUUAAUUUUAAUAUGGCUUGAAUAUUUGCUAUACAGGAAUAUAGUAUAGUAUGCUUUUGGUCUUGGCGUACCUGCUGUGCUGGUCACGGUUUCUCCUAAUAAGUAAGAUUGGGACAUUCUCUGGUAACUGCCAUUUUGCUGCUAGUUCAUUUUAUGGC